CACAUCCGUAACCUCAUCCACCGUCAAUCACUCAGCUGAACGACACCGUUAUCAACGGCUAAAGACCUACUUUAUCCAACUGCAUCGUCGUGCAUUCCCUUUACUCUUCCAAGUAAAGCACAAUUUUUAGGGUCCGUGCCGUGGAAUCUGUGGACUUAGUGUCUACCGGCUGCCGAGAGGUCGCGAACAAUUCCAGUGCCCGGAAAACACUCCCUCUUUCCGUCGACCAAGCACCAGUCUCAAGGACAGUCAGUCUCUCUGAGCUGGGCAAUUCAUCAUGGCCGGUCCACUUGAAAUUCUCCGCCGUCCGCGCUUUCUGCUCGUCAUUCUCUUACUCGGCUUUUUAUUCCUCGCGUCGCCGCUGUUUACAUCGCACAAAGACGUUUUCCAUUCAUCACAGCGUUAUUCGCCUCUGGAAAUCUUUGGGCAUCAGGAUGUUGGGUACAGAGAAGUUACGCCUGUCGUUUUCCACCACAAGCCGAUCGAGAUCAACGCUACCUCCAUUCAGAAGAUUGACUUGAACCCGAUCGUGUCGUCCAAGGAUGCUGCGAAGAAGCAGGAGAAGGUAUUGCUGUUGACACCAUUGCGCGAUGCUGCAUACCACUUGGAUACUUACUUCAGCCUUCUCACCAACCUCACCUACCCUCACGAACUCAUCGAUCUCGCCUUCCUUGUUUCGGACUCGACCGACGAUACCAUGGGCAUCCUUGCAACGCAGCUCGACCGUAUCCAGUCUUCUGAUGUCAAGGGACUGCCGUUCAGGAGUGUGACUAUUGUUGAGAAGGAUUGGGGAGUUACUACCUCCCAGGACGUUGAGGACCGCCACGCCUUCAAGUACCAAGCGCCGAGAAGAAAGGCCAUGGCUAGGGCUAGAAACUACCUGCUUGCUACCGCAUUGAAGCCUGAGCACGCCUGGGUUUACUGGAGAGACGCCGAUAUCGUCGAGUGUCCCGGGACCAUCGUCGAGGACCUAAUCUCUCACGACCGCGAUGUUAUCGUCCCCAACAUCUGGUUCCACCGCGGCGAGAUCGAGGGUCGUUUCGACUACAACUCAUGGCAGGACACCAGGAAGUCCAAGAAGCUCCUGAAAUCUCUUUCUCCGGACACCGUCGUCGUGGAAGGAUACCCAGAAUUCGACACUGGAAGGAAGUAUAUGGCGAAGAUGGGUGACUGGAGAAAGGACCAAAAGGAGGAGAUCAAGUUGGAUGGAAUUGGUGGCGUGAGUAUUAUGGUCAAGGGCGACGUACACAGGAGUGGGAUUAACUUCCCUGCGUACGCGUUUGAGAACCAGGCUGAGACUGAAGGAUUUGGAAAGAUGGCCAACAGGGCCGGAUAUGAGGUGAUCGGUCUGCCAAACUACGUCGUAUGGCACAUCGACACCGAAGAGCUGCCAAAGAACUAGAUGCAUGAAAAUAAU